AUGGCUGCGUUUCUAAUCCAAACCGCUGGAGCUGGCAAAUAAAACAAAACAAAAAAAAACCAUAAAGCCCUAGUCUUGAAUCUGGUUUUGGUUCCCUGGGACUCUCCGCUGCGCCGGGUACAGCUGGCGACCCAAAGCCCGUGUAGUGAGGGGAAAUAGCUGGGAAAAUGGACCGACUCGCGCUUUAGGGGAUGAAAGAUCAUUUUUCUUCUUAACCCUUUCUACUCCCGAGAUCUGCAAACAAUCGAGCAAGGUUUUGCUCAAAGGCACAGCAACACCACUACACAAAGGUUAAUGUUUGUCUUCAAGCACAAGAUGAUGCGCCAGGUGACAAGCAGUGACUUCUGCAUGAGUAGCAGGCCGUCGUGCCUCGCGGAGGACGGCCACCACCCUGCUUCUCACUUUGACCUGUGCACUUCCCAGGCCAGUAAGUUCUACCCCCCUCCCCCUCCGGCGUCCCUCCAGAUGACGCUGGCUCCCAUGGCCUUGCCCAGCCAGAGCCACAAGGCCAUGCUGUGCCAGAGACAGGAUGUUCUCGGCGUUGACCCGCGCUCCUCCGGAAAAAUACCCGGCCUGAAAGGCACCGAGCAGGCGCCGGAGGACGGCAAGAAGAAGAGCAAGGGCGCGGGGAAGUCGGGGAGACGCGGGAGGCCUUUAGGAACCACCAAGCUGGCCGGUUACAGAACCAGCACCGGGCGACCUCUGGGCACCACCAGAGCGGCCGGGUUUAAGACGAGCCCGGGGAGGCCGCUGGGCACGACUCGAGCCGCGGGGUACAAGGUCAGCCCCGGACGGCCCCCCGGCAGCAUCAAGGGCCUCUCUCGCCUCAACAAACUGGCUUACAGUAGCACCUGCAGCGGAGCGGCUUUCCCCUACCCGCUCCCACACAAAGAAAUCCUCUGUGAACCUUCCUGCAAAGAAAAGACAGCUAACGAGUAAAAGGCUCCGGGCUGUUUCUACUCUAUCCUUAACUGCUGGAUACACGUGUACAGGUUUCCUACCGCAUAUUAGAAGCGAUCCAUUACUUCUCUAAGAUGCCGCAAGGCUACGAGGAGGAGAUUUGUUUUUCAGUAUUCGUGUUGUUAUUGUCAUGUGUGCGCCUGCCACCUAAUAUAUUUAUCAUUCGUUUUUCAGCGCUAUCGCUGGAGAUUUGCUGUGGGUUACAUUUUUCCACUACACUUUUCUGUAUCUGUUUUCCUUGGGAACAAAAAAGGUUAAUUGAGCACGAGAGUUAUUUAUAUUACAACUUAGGUGGUAGCUUGAUUUCUAGUGAUCAAUGUAGCAUUUUAGUGAAACUCAUUUAAAAAUAUAAUUUGCUCUUUCAUCGCCGCCAACAAAGAAGAUCCUUGUUGAUGGAAGUAAGUGAUGGGCACGAUUAUGUCACAUUUCUACAAAAUGGGGAUUGAAUGUACUUUUAAUGUAAUUCACGCUUCAGGUUGCACUCUUAAUUUGCCGAUGAAUAAUAAAAUACACAUGAAAAGAAGGAGGGAUUCGCGAGUUAGAUAAGUGGUGUCUGCCUUGGAAAACAUGCAAAUAAAUGCGAUAAAAGUGCAUUUCUUUGCUUGGUGGCACUUCGGACGAGGCAGGCAGUCAGUUCUCCAGGUCGGUGACUCCUCAGGACUCAAAUCUAGGGGGAUGAUUUUAACUCAGCUCAACAGUUGGCACUUAACGCGUCCAAACUCGCUACACGUGCAUGUAAAAGUCAUCAAACCAAUUAAUUUUAACUUACUGAUUGUGAGAAACGGAUUUGUUAUCCGUAUCAACAUGUAUCGACAUGCUUCUCCAACAGUUGACCCAAAGAAGUCGUAAAAAAACAUUUGAAUGACGAUACAAUGUUUAUCCCGGUAUUGCAGGUUCUGCUUGGUGCUGGAUUGGACAGUUAGAGUUGCUCAUUUGGCCCUGAGAGAGGUCAAACAUCUCCAAGAGUUUGGAUGGCGGUAACUUCGCUUGCUUGUAGCAAAAAUGGGGUUUGACUCCGGUUUUGUGAAGGGCUGCCGGGAUGAUUGGACAUUUUUGAUACCGCUAUGUCACACAUUUUAUAUGGUUUUCUUUUCCCACGCAGCGUUCGUGUUGUUACGUCUCCCCUCACAGCACCACGUAACCAACUUUGCCCAAAUAGAAAUAAAAUUCUCAGCAGGCAAAAUGUGACUGUCAGGAAAUAUCUGCAGAGUAAGACUGAUAAUAUGACCAUGCUUUCUGUUCCAGCUUUGUAUGCCUGAGUUUAUUAGACUCACGGCAAACGCAUUUGGUUUGCAGUGCUUAAAAAGCGUCAAAUUUUCCACACAGCCUAAGUGAUUAAUUAUGUCUUGGUCUGAUUACUUUAUCGUCUUUACGUUCCCAACAAUGAAAUGGGGUCUAUUUUAAACUUGUGACUGUUUUAAUAUAUAUACAUUUGCAUAUAUAUAAUGAGAAAGGCUACGUUUAAACCGAACAUGUUGUAUUUAUUUAUAAUUGUUGCAUUGUGUGUUAAGUUAGUCACCCAAAGCUCUGCUUCAUAUGUUUUGUUUUAUACUUUUCUUUUUCUGUAAAUGACGAUACAAAGUGGGCUAACAUUUCAAAUGUGAGUAAAGGUGAAUAUUUAUUGUGUUUGACUCAAGACAAUGAACCGAUUGACAUUCAGAGUAUAAAUGUAAAUGUCACUAAUGUGAAUAAGAAUCACUUCCUUACAAAACUUUUUUGUAAAAUUUGAUAUGAUAAUGUGUGAUUAAAGGCUCAAGCAUCUUAUCAACCUUCCCCCAAACAGCAGAAACUGCUCAUAUGUAUAUUUAUUUUCAUUUCAAUAAAUAAAUCCAUGGGCUAUUGCUGAUUUUAGAGCGAUGUAAGAAUACCAAACAUCAGGGUUUAUUUAGUAGGAAGUCUGCAGAAAAAGGGCAGUUACCAUUGUGUUUUUUCGGGAGAAAAUAAUAAACAGUUUCAUUAGAUUGGUUUUCUGGAAUGAACGAGAGGUGGGAUGGAUUUGUUGCAGGUGUGACCUGUGGCCUCAGGCGUCAACACUAGUCAGACAAUGAACUUGUUCUUUAUGUACUCGUCUUCAUUUCUGGACCGUAAAGUUAGCCAUCCCCGACAAGUAUGUUGUACAUUGUUGCUACAAUAUUAUGUCAUUCAUUGAGCAGAACUCAGUAAAACACUUGAAACUGUUGAGAAGCGGAUCUUUUUUUAAUUUAUUUUAUUUUUUUAUAAUGUUAAUGUCAAAUAAUUUAGAAAUGAAAAGUUGCAUUAUUAAUAUUGGCUCAACAUGAUGACAUUGUUGUAAUAACAACACAGAUCACAAACUGUUAAAUGUGUCCUUGAAUACGGUAUGCUUUUCAAGUUAAUUCACUUUUUUUUGUGAUUUUUGUACAAACUCCUGACUUUUUCUUUUUUUUUUUUACUUAUAUAGAUGUAACUCAACUCCAGAGAGAGGAGAAAUUGUUUCACCGAGUUUCUCCUGUCUGACACAGUUUAAAACCAUUGAAGUAGUUGCAAUAAUCUGGUGUUUAUAUCGCAGGCUACCGUGGAAACUUUGAUACUAUGACUUUUUCUUACCGUUGUACUUUUCAACUUGCGUAAAAAGGCCUUUUGUUACUUGUUUUGAUGAUUUGAGCAAUAGGAACACACAUAUGAAAGUGUCACACGUAAACACUUAUUUCUGACCCUCCUUUACCAAAGAAUGUGAUCAGACUAGAGGCAUUAAUUCUACUCGUCAUGUAAAUACUCAAAACGUCUCACAAGGUAACCGUAGCAUGUAAAUGUAAACGGGGGGGAAAAAGCACUCAAGCGCAGCUUUUCCAUAAAUGUACGAUUGUUUGGAUUAAAACCUUCAAACGGUUGCUCAAAUAAUUGAGACAGUUUUUUGAAUGCUUUUGAAACGAGUACACGCUGAUAAUGUCAACUUGGUUGCAUUUCAUUGUUUUUAUGUCCAUAUGUUUUUCUGCUUUUCUUUUAUAUGAAAUUCUUAUGUAGCCUUGUUUGAUAUUUAACGAGUCGAGGUCAUGGUGGAUGUGAUGCCUGCUUGUCUUUUAUUGUGAUUUUUUUUUUUUAAACAUUGUAUUUAUGUCAUGAUGGUUAUGGAAUUGAUCUUUAAGGAUGGCCUUUAGCUUUAAUGUCCAUUUUCAUGCCUGACAUUUUGACACAGAACACAACAGAUGUGAAGAUGACUGUUGCGCUUUCUGGCUCACUCUUGCACCAUCACGGGACAAUAAGAAGAUGUUAUAAUCCCUAAAAACACCUGCAACUAUGUUUGUCUUGUAAUGUUUACCUUCAAGGUUCUAUCCUUAACGGGGGUUUCUUUUUGGAAAGAUGUCGCGCAUCUCAAUGUAGUUUUGUACUGGAGAGAUCCUCUUAUCGUACCAAAAAAAACAAAAACAAAAAGAGAGUAUAACUUUGUUGCUUUCAGCAACGUCAGUAACAUUUACAGCAUAGCAGACGCUCGCAUGGGGCUGACAGCUCCCACUCAUGCAGGCCUUGGCUUUGGUUCAAGCUGUACAGAAACAAAUUGUUCAAUGAAUGAAACUAAAUUAGACGCUUAACCUUUAUUUGUGGCUUUUAUGUUGAGAAUUGCUGUCUUCACGUCCCAUUUAUAGGAAGAAAAGAAAAUAAGUCUUUUCAAGAGUUUGUUUAUGCCACAGCACCUGAUCCUGAAUAAUUUGCAUUUCUACAAACAGAUUUUUUUUAUACUCUUUGUGCUCAUGGAACAGAAAACCACAAUUGCAUCACAGUAGUAAAUAUUUAUCGUGUUCAAAAUAUGGAAAGAGAACAGCAAUAACAACUCUUAGCUCUUUAGGAAGACUGAUGCAGGUGCUAGUGGAAGAUUGGAUUUGUAAAGAGUAACUCUAAAACUCAGUUUGGAGAUGACUUUGACAGUUAUCAAAUGUUUUAUAUGUGUAAGAUUUUAGACAGGACUUGACAAUAUAGGAGCUGUCUAAUAUUGGAAUCGUAACAAUAAAAAGGGAAUGAAAACAGACCACUGACCUCUGAGCAUCACAAAUUUAAUUGUACAUUUGUUGUAUGUAGUUUCAGUUCUUUUGUAAAAUACAUGACUAAAUGUAAGGUCUUUGUAAAUUGAGUUGAUUUCCGAGGCGGACAUCGCAGAACGAUAAUGAGUUAUUUCUGAAGUUUGAUUGACGAAGCCUGUAAAGCUUUGUAUAUUUUACCUUUUUCUCCUGCAUGAUUGUUGUGGAAUGUUCAAAGUUGUUUAAUAAAUCUGAA